AUGAUGAUGAUGAUGAUGAUGAUGAUGAUGAUGAUGAUGAUGAUGAUGAUGAUUCGGAUUGAUGAUGAUGAUGAUGAUGAUGAUGAUGAUGAUGAUGAUGAUGAUGAGGAUGAUGAUGAUUCGGAUGAUGAUGAUUCGGAUGAUGAUGAUGAUUCGUUGAUGAUGAUGAUUGUGAUGAUGAUGUUUCGGAUGAUGAUGAUGAUGAUGAUGAUCGAUGAUGAUGAUGAUGAUGAUGAUGAUGAUGAUGAUGAUGAUGAUGAUGAUGAUGAUAAUGUUAAUCGUACUUAUAAUCGUCGUUUAAUUAUUUGA